AACCCAAACCCUAUCACACGCACGCACAGUUGUGCUAGUUCUGAGGGAGGGAGGGAGGGAGAGAGGACUUGGCAUCGAAGGAGUAGGAGCAAUGGAUGCGCUGAGGAAGCAGCUGGAUGUUCUGAUGGGGGCGAAUCGAAACGGUGACGCCCAGGAGGUAACGCGGAAGUACUACGAUCGCGACGUCUGUCGCCUAUUCCUCGCUGGCCUCUGCCCUCACGAGCUUUUCCAACUCACUAAAAUGGAUAAGGGACCAUGCCCCAAGGUGCACUCAUUGCAGCUGAGGAAAGAAUAUGAGGAAGCAAAAGCAAAAGGUCUUGAUAAUUAUGAUAGGGACUUAGAGGAUAACAUAGAUAGACUUAUUAUUGAGUGCGAUCGUAAAAUAGCAAGGGCUUUGAAGAGACUUGAUGAAGAGGAUGCUAAAGCCGCUAUUGCAAUCUCAGUAUCAGAAGUUACCCAGACACCAGAGAUUAUUGAGUUGUCAAAGCAAAUCAAAGCAAAACUGAAAGAAGCUGAUCAAGCUGACCUAGAAGGCAAGACAGACGUGAAGAUUCGAGCAUUGGAAGAGGUUGAAGAACUAAGAACAAAAAGAGCAGACAAGCAGUCGAUGCUUCUUUUGGAUGCUUUCAACAAAGACCGUGCAUCUCUUCCUCAGCCUGUGACAAAUGCUUCUCAGACACCAAUGCCAGCAGCUGUUCCAGAUCCUCGCAUACAAGAAAUGAUUAAUGAGAAGUUGAAGAAAGCUGAAGAUCUUGGUGAACAAGGAAUGGUAGAUGAAGCGCAGAAAGCACUUGAAGAGGCUGAAGCGCUGAAGAAGCUGCCAGCGCGGCAGGAACCUGUGCUGGAUUCCUCCAAGUACACAGCUGCCGAUGUGCGCAUUACUGAUCAAAAGCUCCGUGUUUGCGACAUUUGUGGAGCAUUCCUCAGUGUUUAUGACAGUGAUCGUCGUUUAGCAGAUCAUUUUGGUGGGAAGCUCCACUUAGGCUAUAUGCAAAUUCGUGAAAAGUUAGCUGAGCUUCAGGAAGAGAGAGACAAGAAACGUAAAGCCUAUGAAGAAGAAAGAAGGCCAAGAGAUCGGAGAAGCCGUGACCGUGACAGGGAAUCUAGCAAGGAUCUUGGUAGAGGUGAUAGCCAUGAACGUGGAAGGGAUUAUGAUCGUAGGAGCAGAGAUCGUGAUAGGCAUCCCGAUCGUGAGCGUGAUUAUGACCGAGAACGUGAAAGAGAUAGAGAACGUUCUCGCAGCUAUGACUCAAGGAGUCACCGAAAAUCUCGAUCCCGGUCGAGAGAACGUUCAAGAGAUUAUGAUCGCUACAGGCGUUAUGAUCGUUAUUAGCUGGACAAACAGAAAGAGUGGUUCAUGUAGGGGACGGUUCUAAAGUUUGUAUCUUCUGUCUAUUACCGCUGUGGUACUCUCUAGGAAGAUGUUGGUUAUUCUGGAUUCUGGUAUAUUGCACCGGUCGGUAGAGUGAAGGAAUGCUGUCUGUAUGCUAGUUUUUAUGUGAGGUGCAGAGAUUCAUUUCAUGCAGAUUGCCGCUCGUCUUCAUUUGCUUGGACUACAAACGUGUUGCAAUGACCCGAAAUUUUCAUGUUACAUGAAUUCAUCAAACGGUGGUUUUUUAUGGCAGCUUUGAGGAAGACUCGAGCUUUGCCCACAAUGUAUCGUCAUCCUUCUCCCUGAUUGAGCUAUAUUUGUAGCGAGUGGUAGGGAGAAAACCUUUUCCGGAUCAUUCUUCUAACAGAAUUAAUAUAAUAAUGCUCUAAAUUAUGUCAA